UAUCACAGCUUGAAAUCUAUGAAUACACCCACUUUCCUUUCCAUCAACCAUUUCAAAAUUUCAGGGUUGUUUUAAAGAUUAAACAAAACACAUCUUACGAUUUACCCAAAAUGUUCAACCAAGCCUGUAAGCUUUUUGUGGGAGGACUCAAGGUAGACACCAAUGAUGACGGGCUGCGCAAGCAUUUCGAGCAGUUUGGUACCCUCAUCGACUGUGCCGUCGUCCCACACAAGACGGCGCAACGCUCUCGCUGUUUUGGCUUUGUGACCUACUUAACACCAGAGGAGGCCGAUGCAGCCAUGGCGGCAAGUCCACACACAGUGGAAGGGAACUGGGUUGAGGUCAAACGAGCUGUUCCAAAGAAACAGGCCGAUGAGUCUGAAGCUCGUGCCAAGGUGAAGAAAAUCUUUGUUGGUGGCUUGAAAAACGACAUCCAAGAGGACGACCUCACCGACUACUUCUCUCAGUAUGGUGAAGUGGAAAACUCUGAAAUCAUGUCAGAGAAGACGACCGGAAAGAAACGGGGUUUCGGCUUUGUGCACUUCACGGAUCACUAUGCGGCAGACAUGGCUGUGGCUGUGCCUUUCCACACAGUGAACGGACACAGAGUUGAGGUAAAGAAAGCUGUUCCCAAGCAGGAGAUACACACAACAACAGGAGGAGGGGGGUCACGUCAGGCCCUGUCUCUUGUCUUGAGGUGGGAUGGGCCUAUGACUGAUGCCGGGGUGGUGGGGGUGUCUUGGGGGAUCCUGUUCCCCGUAACAUCUGAGCUGGGUGGACCACGCUUUUUUAGCUUCAACAAGGACACUGACUUUGAAUUAGAAAACUAUGAACUUAACUAUGUGAACAGAGCAGACAAAAAAGGUGGAGGAGUCACAAUAAUUGUGAAAAGAAACACAAAGUUUACAGUAAUUGAUAAAGUGUCAGUAGCAGUGGAUGAAAGAUUGGAAUGUAUUACAAUUCAAAUGUUCAAGGAGAAAUGUCAUUAUACGCUGUGUAUAUAGGUCACCAGGGUCAAGCUUAAGCCUCCUGUUAUGCUCAGGGUCAGAUUGACCCAUUUUGAAUUUUAAAAUCCAAAAAAUAAAUAAAAACUGAAAAGCAUUUUUAUACUUUGAAGCUUUAGUGUUUUAUAUAUUUAUUAAGUUUUCAGUUUUAAAACAUAGAACAAACAAACUCAAAACCCAGUCCCCCACCCCCUGCUGCUGUCAGUGUCAUAUACACCAAUAUCAAUUUUAGUAAUGGAAAUAUAA